AUGAACUGUUUCAGUUCACGUAACUCUAAUCAGCGUCAGUUGUUUGUAUCAAAUUAUACACAAUCUAAUUUAUUUAUUGCAUAUACGCCCAGUAAGAGACGUAAAACUGCUAAAGAAUAUACUGAAAAUCAGUCUCACGGUCAAAGUUCGUCCACUCCAUUCUCUAAUAAGCGUUCCGAACAAAUCGAGCGAGAGUGCUCAGAAACUUCUAGUAAAUACACACAAUAUAUACACAUGUCUCCAAUAUCAAUGUUGCAUACAACGACCAAAUCUGAUCCAGAUGAUUCUUCUACAUUUUCGAUUCACAAUAGCAUUGAGAACACAGAAAUCUAUACUUUGCAAACUACAGAUACCAUCAAUAAAACAGUCGACGCUUCUAUGAACGAUCGGCAGGACGAUCAGCAACAUAAACACGAACACAGAUUAAACAGUCAGAAUGAACGAAUUGUGAAUUCCAAGCCGAAGUAUUCUAACACACACAAUAGUAUGAUUUACGAACGAAGUAAACGCCUUGUAUACAAGAGUGAAAAGAAAACAGUGAAAACAGUAGCAAUUGUAGUUUGUUGUUUCAUUUUAUGCUGGCUUCCAUUUACCACUUUAUAUUUAAUGGAAGGAGCAUGUGAAUGUCUAUUUUCUGAAGAAAUUUUCAUAGCUACCGGUUGGAUAGCAUACUUGAAUAGUAUGUGUAACCCAAUUAUAUACGGAUUUUGUAAUACUAAAUAUGCUAAAGCAUUUAAACAUUUAUUGCAUAUUCGAAUAAAUUCUUAA